AGUUUGCGGUAAAGCCGAUGAUGAUGGUGGGCAGGGAGGGGUGUGUGUGGGGGGAGUGAAAGAGAAGGCAGAGGUACUUUUUAAUAACUGCAAAUAUUUAUGUCGAAUCAGAAAAGAAAGACGAUAUUACCCUUACAUAUCGAUACAACCUCAUUCACUGGUGGGCAAACACAAACAAAUCUAUGGCGAAGACUCAAUAAAAGACAGUUACCCAUCUUUAUACUAUUGACCAUACUCUUCAGUAGUUUAUUCUUGAACAUCUUGCAACAUCAUCAUAACACAGCACCUCGCUUUGACCCUUUCAGUAAUAUACACGACCCUUUACCUCCUUUACCUCUUUCCCAAAAGCAUCAUGCCAUCAUUGUAGCAGGUCAUGCCAUCUAUACAGGUCCUCCCACUUUGCAGGACACAAAGCUUGAUUCAAAUUGGAUUCUAGAGCCUUUCCAAAGAGGAGGUCAAGUGCAUGUCUUUAUCGAACACAUUCAAAAGGGUCUUGAUCUAUUAAGGCAAGACCCAAAGGCAGUUUUAAUAUUUUCUGGUGGAGAAACUCGAAUGUUAGCUGGACCACGAACCGAAGCAUUUUCAUAUUGGCAAAUAGCACAGAUACUGUUGAAUAAUGACGAUAGUGUAAGCAGCGAAUUGAAAACGAGCAUGACGGAUCGCAUGGUAACGGAAGAAUAUGCAAGAGACUCACAUGAAAAUCUCUUGUUUUCGACGUGUCGAUUCUCGGAGAUGACGGGCAAUUAUCCACAAAAGAUGACGGUGGUAGGUUUUGAAUUUAAGCGACAACGGUUCCAGGAUAUACAUCGAUACUCCAUUGGAUAUCCAGAGGAACAGUUUGAAUAUAUUGGCAUUGAUCCAUUGGAUGAGGAAGCACCCGAUCGUCAACAAGGAGAAUUAAUCAAUUCGUUCAAGCCGUUUCAAAAGGAUUUGUAUGGAUGUCAUGGUGUAUUAAGGCAGAAAAAGAUGAAUCGAAACCCAUUUCGUAGAAGACAUGCGUAUGCCACUUCAUGUCCUGUGUUGGCGCCUCUUUUAAACUACUGUCCAUCGAAUAAUGCUUUAUAUACGGGCACUUUACCUUGGAAUUUAUAGAUAUUACCCUCUCCCUCAAAAAAGAAAAACCCCACUAUUAUUACUUUAUAUAUUUACAUCGAUAAACUUUUUUUUUUUUAUUAGAUUAAUUCUCACAUCACACAACAUUGCACAACAACAACAAUAAAAAUAUUCUUGCAUCAUCCCAAGCAAAAAAUUAAUCCC